AUGAAGAGACUUGCGCUGCGCAUGUGUGAUCUGCGCAUGCACGAUCCGCCUCCUGCAAACAUCAUGGCGCAGCAAGAGCCGAAUGGAGAUUUUCCAUAUUUACCUUCAGGGGCGGCCGAGGUGAACCGGAUGAUAAAGGAGAACAGUGAGCUGUUCUCUGAUUCUCAGUGUAAAGUGUGCAGCGCUGUCCUAAUCUCUGAAUCCCAGAAACUUGCACACUACCAGAGCAAAAAGCAUGCAAGCAAAGUACGUCGAUACAUGAGCAUUCAUGAAAAGGAUGAGCCAUUUGCAAAACGUUUCAAGUCUUCAGAUGAUGCUGUAUGUGAGACAGGUAUUGUCGAUGAAGGGGACAAGUACAAAGCCUGCCAUGUGUGCAACAUGACGUUCUCUUCUGCAGUUGUGGCGCAAUCACAUUACCAGGGCAAAGUUCACACCAAGAACCUUCGCUUAAAAACCUUCGGUCCACAGCUUCCUGCACCUCAGCCCAAAGCCCAGGUGAAAAAGGAUGAACAGCUUCCUAAAGGUGAGCAGGGGCCGGCGGAGGAGGACCCUAACCGCUUCUGCACCAUCUGCCAGGCCUCUUUCAACAACCCCCUGAUGGCUCAGCAACACUACACUGGCAAGAAACAUAAAAAACAGUUGACUAAACACAAGCUAAUGGAGACCUAUGGACCGUCCACUGCACCAGCCUCCACCGUGAAGGGCUACCCAUGUACUGUGUGCAAUAUUGAGCUCAACUCCGUGGAGCAGUACCAGGCCCACAUCAGCGGUUCCAAACACAAGAACCAUGGCAAACCUAAGAAAGGGGCAAAUGCAUUUGUCAGCCCCCCUGAGAACUACCAGCCUGAUUUCCAGUAUGCACCUGAGCAGGAUGGCCCAGAGGACUGGGGCAGCUUCAACCAGGGCUAUGUGUGAUUAGACGCCUUCGCUUCACUGCCCUCUGCUCAUCUGUGACAAGCUUCCUCUGUUUAGGCACAGGUCAAUAUGUGUCUGCACUGUUCGUCUCCUAAUGCCAGCAUUUCACCACACUACGUCCCUUCCUUUCCGUUAUGUCCUUCUCUCACUCUCACACAGCUGAGGGACCACAACAGACUUCCACAGCAAAUUUAUGUUCUCUUCUGCAAAACUGAAGGCAAGAAGGCAAAACUUAAUAGUGUGCUGCUCUUUUCAGUGUUCGGAGUAGUGUUUUGUUUCAUAUUUCUCUUUCGUAGAUGGAGGUCCUGAAAGCAUUUCGGUAGAAUUUUGGGUGUGAUGAAUACUCCUGUUUGUUGUUUUUUUAUUAUACUUAUUUUUUAUUUUUUUUUGCGUGUGUGUUAAAUGAAUGUCUUUGGAGUUCAAAGCUGUUGAAUUUGAUAGUGUGAAAAGUUUGUAAGGACGAAUGUCUUUGUUUUGGGGGCUACAGAGUUCUUUAUUUCCUGACUUUUGAUUGCUAUGUCAAUUUCGGAAACAAUCUAUGUAUUUUUAAGUAUUUUAAAGGAAUAGUUCACAGAAGAUGACAAUUCUGUCUUUUAUUCACUCAUGUUGUUCAAAACCUGCAUGACUUUCAUUCAUCCUUUUGAACAUAAGGGAGAUUUUUGGCAGAAUGUUAGCCUCAGUCACCAUUCACUUUCCAUGCACCCCACUCAUACAAUGAAAGUGAAUGGUGACUGAGGCUUUUAUUCCAUGCAAGAUAGGGCAACAUGAGGGUGAGUAAAUUAUGACAGAAUUUUACAUUUUGGGUAAAGUUUCCCUUUAAAUCAUUGUUUUGCUUGUCCAAAACUGGGCAGUUGUCUCAUUUCACAAUGCUCCUUCCCAUUUCUCUGUAAAAGUAAAGGUUUUAGUAGGAGGCACAAUUUGAUUUUUAACCUUAAAAGUGGUGCUUGAGUGCUAACAUGCAAUGUUGCACAAAAUUGGUGGAGUUUGUCCUAGUGAGUAAAACUGUCAAAUCAUAGUAAAUUAGUGCCAGGUCAUGGGAGAGAUAUUUAUUUAGUUUUCUGUUUAGGGACAGACACCUAAAUUCAUCUUGACAUGUCAAAUCUCAUGACGUAGAUUCUUGCAUUAUACCUGUUCUGCUUUUACUAAAUCAAACUAGUAACACAUUUAUUAGUUAAACUUACUUGUAUGUAAGUUGAAAGCCUCUUUUUAGUGAUUAAUGCAAAAAAUGCUCAAUUUCAAGUAUGACAUGAAAAUUCUCAGAGUUUGAGUAUUUCUGAGCAUAUGUGUAAUACAGAUCUUAUGGCUUGCAUAAUUUAUUUUUGUGAUGUACAUUGCAGUGAUGACCCUUGGUAUACAAAGCGGAUGCUUAUACUGUGUAAAGAUGUAAGCUUUGAGAAAUCAAGAAUAGUUCAAUUAAUCCUUCGCGUCUCCAUAUUAGACUUCGGAUCAUGAAGUAAUUAGUUUAAGGAUGCAUUUAUUUGGGGCUUAAGUUGUUUUGAAUGGUUACUGCAUUGCUUUGUCAUGAACUGAAUGUGAGAAAGACCGUUAGUGUUUUUACUGUAUGUUCUCAAAGUAAAAGGGCCUAGUUUUUACUGUAUUGUUUCCAUGUUGUGUUGACAUGUGCCCGAAAGCUUGUUAAAGGGAUAUUUCACGGCAAAAAUGUAAUUCUGUCAUUUACUCACCCUCAUGUUUUUCCAAACCCAUUUGAGAUGUCAGGCAGACUUCUAACCUCCUAUCAGUCUUUUUUGCAUACAGUGAAAGUGAAUGGGGACUGAAGCUAACAUUCUACCUGACAUCUUUUAUGUCUUGUGGGAAAAAAGUCAUAUGGGUUUGGGACAACAUAAGGGUGAGUAAAUGAUGUCAAUUUUCAUUUUUUGUGAACUAUCACUUUAAAACAAACUGAAAGAAAUACUAUCAGCGAUUACAAUACCCUAACAUUGUAAUGCACAGCCUGCAGAUGAACUCCUGGAUCCCGCAAUGUGCUAUUAACAGUUGUCCUUGCAUUGCGUUUAAGUUUUCAAAGCAGCAUAACAGCAAUUAUGUGCUGAAAUAGGCCUUCAAACUUAAUAUAAUUAGUUGCGUGUUUGUGUUUUUAUUGGUCAAUUUUCUUUUUAACAGACAGUGUGAGCCUAAAAAGAUGUAUGUUACUUUUCAUGUAGUAAAAUGUUUUUGAAAAAGCAAGUAGUCAUUUGUGUUUCAAUAUGCUGCACUUAGACAGUUACUCUGAUGUACCUCAAAGGGACUCUAUGCAUUCAAAUUUGUUCUGUAUUUUUUUUUUUUUUUUACAUUUCUUGUUCUGCAGUCAACGUAAUAUGUAGGUCAAGGUUCCUUGCACCCAAACAGCAGAAAUUUUUGUCUUGCAUGCCCAUUUUCCACCCUUUCUUUGACUCUGAAUUAAAGGAAUAUUCCAGGUUCCUCUUUUUUUCUUUUAUUUUUUAAAGAAAAGGGAGAAUCGGUCUAAAAAAAUAUUAAUAUUUGUGGUAAUAAACAUUAUGCUACAAAUGCUUUUUAAUUGAGCUUUACUUUAAGAAAGGCUAUUUUUGCUACUGUACCUUUAAGACUUUUAUAUAUAAAUCUGUGCUGUAGUGUAAUACAUUUUGUUUGUCUGGAUGGGCCAUAUUAAUGAAUA